AUGGUAAAAUUAGACUUGUCGGGCGAGGAUGACAAAGACGAGGAUUUGACGAAGGAGUUCGUCAUGGACGAGGCACCGAUGGAAGACGAAGCGACGACGGAAGCCGUCAAACAAGUAGCCACGACGACUAAGGAAACGCUGAAGGAUGUUGUUGUGAACAAAGUGAUUGAUGUCAAAGACGUUGUUAAAGAAAAAGUGAUGCAGCAAACUGGAAUGCCGGAAUGGGCGUUCGUCUUUCUUGGUAUCAUUUUCAUUCUGCUGGCGUUGGCAUGCGCGUUCAUGAUCAUUCGCAAGUUGUUCGGCAAAAAGCGGCACGGCGACAAAAACAAAAAGGGGGGCAUCAAAGGAUUAUUCGGCAAGGGACAGGACGUGAUCGAUGGCAAAAAUAUUCAAGGGAUGGCGCAGGACCUCGAAGAGCUCAACGACGGAAUGGAGCAGAACGAGAAGGCGCAAGCCGAAGAGAAGGAGGAGGUCAAAUUGGGGCGGAUACAAUACAAAUUGGACUACGAUUUCCAGCAGGGACAACUUUCGGUGACUGUAAUUCAAGCGGAGGAUCUGCCGGGAAUGGACAUGAGCGGAACGUCGGACCCAUACGUCAAACUCUAUUUAUUGCCGGAGAAGAAAAAGAAGGUUGAGACGAAAGUGCACAGAAAGACGUUGAAUCCAGUCUUCAACGAGACGUUUAUCUUCAAGGUUGCGUUCAAUGAAAUCACUUCAAAAACCCUCGUAUUCGCCAUUUAUGAUUUCGACAGGUUCAGCAAACACGACCAAAUUGGACAGGUGCUCAUUCCGCUGGGUAAAAUCGAUUUAGGACAAGUGAUCGAAGAAUGGAAGGACAUCGCCCCGCCUCCAGAUGAUAAAGAAGCGGAAAAAUCACUGGGAGACAUUUGCUUCUCUCUUCGAUAUGUGCCAACUGCCGGAAAAUUGACCGUUGUGGUCCUCGAAGCGAAAAAUCUCAAAAAAAUGGACGUCGGUGGAUUGUCAGAUCCGUAUGUAAAAGUCGAAACUCGCGACGAGACCGGAAAACGUAUCAAAAAACGCAAAACGAAUAUCAAGAGAAACACGUUGAAUCCGUAUUUCAACGAGAGUUUCGUUUUCGACAAAUUGCCACUUCACCGAAUAAAGAAAGUUUCCCUCAUGAUUACUGUUAUGGAUUACGAUAAACUCGGAUCAAACGACGCGAUCGGUCGAUGUCUUUUGGGUUGCAAUGCGACUGGAGCGGAACUCAGGCAUUGGAUGGACAUGUUGGCCUCGCCGCGCCGCCCGAUCGCCCAAUGGCACACACUCGGACCCGUCGAGGAGGAUGGCGACAAGAAGGACGAAAAGAAAUGA